UUCCCUUUGUGUGUGCGAGAGAGAGAGAGAGAGAGAGGGAACCUCCGCGGAAACUGCUAUGUAGUUUGAAUAUGGAAAUAUGUUUUUCCUAUCGUUGGACCAUUCUAGUCAUGGCGUGCGGCACAUCCAAGGAUAAAUAGCUGCACGGGUCUUUGGAAACGAAGUUGAAGGAUAAAGAGAAGAAGGAACUAGCUAUCUUGCUAGAGUUAGAGUGAGACUCUACCAUAUACCUCUACUUCUACUACAUUCCUCCACCUUCCUUCACAAACAUGGUCAGAGCUCCUUGUUGUGAAAAAAUGGGCUUGAAGAAGGGCCCUUGGGCCCCCGAGGAAGAUCAAAUCCUCACUUCUUACAUCCAAAAACAUGGCCAUGGCAAUUGGCGUGCCCUCCCUAAGCAAGCAGGCUUGUUAAGGUGUGGAAAGAGCUGCAGACUGCGAUGGAUUAACUAUCUGAGGCCUGAUAUCAAGAGAGGGAAUUUCACAUCAGAAGAAGAAGAAACUAUCAUUAAGCUGCAUGACAUGCUGGGGAACAGGUGGUCAGCAAUUGCAGCAAAAUUACCAGGAAGAACCGACAACGAAAUAAAAAAUGUGUGGCACACCAAUUUGAAGAAGAGGCUGCAGAAAACAGAUCAUCCAAAUUCACAUUCCAAAAGGGUCACUAGGCCAAAAAUUAAACGUUCUGAUUCCAAUUCCAGCAUUAUAACUCAAUCAGAACCUGCCAAUCUUAAUUUCAGAGAAAUGGACACAACAUCAGCAUGCACUAGUUCUAGUGAUUUUUCAUCAGUCACAGUUGGUGAUAGCAAAAAUAUCAAGAGUGAAGACAUAGAAUCUCUUGAGACAAUGCCUGUGAUUGACGAGAGUUUUUGGUCAGAAGCUGCAAUGGAUGAAACCCCCACCAUGUCAUCACAGUCUUUGACAAUCUCAAAUGACAUGCCACUUCAAUACCCUUUUAACUAUGAGGAAAGUUUCCAACAGAGUCAUGCUUAUGAUUCAAACUUUGAUGAUGGCAUGGAUUUCUGGUAUGACAUAUUCACCAGGACCUCGGAUUCAAUAGAAUUGCCUGAGUUCUGAAUUUUUCAUAUGACACGUUGAAUGAGGGUAUUAUUAAAGUUGGCAGCUAGAAUAGUUUAGAUGACAUGGUAACUUGAACUUGACCGUUACAUCAAAAGGGUGUGUUGAUUUCCGGUGUGGGGACAGCAUUGUCACCAGCUGCAAGAUCUAGACUCAUCCAUUGAUGAGAAAACCAGCUACAGAGUAAUGGGAAAGGCUAAUGAUAUGUAAUGUACACAUGUAAUCUACAAGUGAAACACUGACUUUGUUAUUUAGAGGAAAACAGCAAUUCUCUCUAACAUUUUUGUAUUUUAAAUUUUAGUUUUUAAUUAGGCUAGAGUUACUUCUUGAUUGUAAUAUCAAUAAAGGAUGUACUUUGAAUGUGAAUUGUUCAAAACUUUUAUUCCCCU